GGACCAUGCGCUAGGCUCCCCAGCCACCAGGACGCGCGGCGGCGCAGGAGGACCCCGCGUGUGUCGAAGCGUCCGCCCCCGCGGCGCGCCCAUGGGCAGCCCCUGGAACGGCAGCGCCGGCGCGCAGGGCCCGCGGGAGCCGUCCUGGGCUGCGCUGCUGCCGUGCGACGAGCGCCUCUGCUCGCCCUUCCCGCUGAGGGCGCUGGUGCCGGUGACCGCCGUGUGCCUGGGCCUGUUCGCCGUCGGGGUGAGCGGCAACGUGGUAACCGUGCUGCUGAUCGCGCGCUACCGGGACAUGCGGACCACCACCAACUUGUACCUGGGCAGCAUGGCCGUGUCCGACCUGCUCAUCCUGCUCGGGCUCCCCUUCGACCUGUACCGCCUGUGGCGCUCGCGGCCCUGGGUGUUCGGGCAGCUGCUCUGCCGCCUGUCGCUCUACGUGGGCGAGGGCUGCACCUAUGCCACGCUGCUGCACAUGACGGCGCUCAGCGUCGAGCGCUACCUCGCCAUCUGUCGCCCGCUCCGUGCCCGCGUCCUGGUCACCCGGCGCCGCGUCCGCGCGCUCAUCGCCGCGCUCUGGGCCGUGGCGCUGCUCUCCGCCGCGCCCUUCUUCUUCCUGGUGGGCGUCGAGCAGGACCCCGCGGUCGACGCACUCCUGGACCUCAACGGCACCGCGCAGCUCGCCCGCUCGCACGGCGCCUCGUCGUCCCCGCCGCCGUCCCCGCUGUCCCCGCCGUCGGGGCCCGAGGCGGCGGAGGCCGCGGCGCUGUUCAGCCGCGAGUGCCGCCCGAGCCCGGCGCAGCUGGGCGCGCUGCGCGUCAUGCUGUGGGUCACCACCGCCUACUUCUUCCUGCCCUUCCUGUGCCUCAGCGUCCUCUACGGGCUCAUCGGGCGGCAGCUGUGGAGGAGCCCGGGGCCGCUGCGACGCCCCACCGCCUCCGGGCGGGAGAAGGGCCACCGGCAGACGGUCCGCGUGCUGAUGGUGGUGGUUCUGGCGUUUAUAGUUUGCUGGCUGCCUUUCCACGUUGGCAGAAUCAUUUACAUAAACUCGGAGAAUUCCCGGAUGAUGUCCGUCUCUCAGUACUUUAACAUGGUGGCUUUGCAACUUUUCUAUCUGAGCGCGUCCAUCAACCCCAUCCUGUACAACCUCAUUUCAAAGAAGUAUAGAGCAGCGGCCUGGAAACUGCUGCUGGCGAGACAGUCCAGAGAGAGAGGUUUCCGCAGAAGCAGGGACACUGAGGGCGACACCGGAGACACGGCUGGCUGCACGGAGACCAGCGCCAACCUACAGGCCUCGGCGAGCAGCCUGGCCAGGCGAGCCGCCCCCUCCCGCAGUUCUCGGACUUCAGAGAAAACGGGUCUAUAGGGUAAAAAGGACUAAAAGGCAGGGACUGACGCUGUAAACAAGAACUGGAAAGAGUGGUUGACAUUUUGCAAGGUGGUCAGCAACUUUGUCAGCAUGAUUUUUUUUUUUUAAACCCAAGUGUGAAAUGUAACCGUACCAACCUGUCUAGUUUUCCUUUCAUGUCCCUCCUUGGGGACGUUCAUUUUGGCCUCAUGAAAUCCCACAUCACAAAAUGUGCGCUGGGAAGAUUUUGGAAGUCUUCAUUCUCCUAGUCUUUGGAAAUGUGAUGGCUCGUUUUACAGUUAAGUGAUACCGAGAGAUGCUGCUGGAAAGACUGUCACCUCUGAGAUCAGAGGCGUAUUCUGUUUUUACGUUUGGAAUAUGUAUGUAAUGGUCUAUGUAUAUUGCAUAUACAUAGGAACCUGCGAUAAUGAGAAUUUUGAUCCAAGAAAUCAUUUAAUGCCUUUAUAUGGCAGCAAAAAUUUUUAGAAGCAAGUGAAAGGAAUUCCUGGUAACCAGGGGUCCCGCCUCUCUCCUGGCUCGGAGCAAAUCUUAAAGUUUGUCUUUCAGAACUACUGUGUAUAAACAACUGUGUUGCAACCCACUCCUCCCUGAGACUGCCCGAGGGGCAUUCCCAGUGCUGUUGGCCGUGCGGCAGCAAACCUGGCACCGACACUGAGGGCCGAGAGCUCCAGCCGGACUUCCCGACAGGGUGACUACUAGUGUCGUGUGUGCAGAGCUUUAAUAUGCCUCAUUUGCCUCAGCUUGGUGGGAUAAGCGUUGUCAUCAUUCCUGUUUUACUAACUGAGUCUUAGAUGUCCCAAGCAGGCACCGAUGCGUCUGAGUCUGGACUGGUCUUUAAGAUCCUUAACCCACCCCCACACUGAGAAGUUGCUCAGGGCAUCCGUUCCGGGAUUUCAUUAAAGGUGAAAGAGAAUGUGUUGGA